UUAUGAUAAUUUGCUUGCUUCACUGAUUCUAAAAUUUCAAUUUCUAAAAACAAGUGUUAGUUUCCAAUUUUUACGAGUACCUUUCCGUAGUUCGAAUUAAUUGGAUGGAUUUUAAGUUUAAUAAUAUGCAGAUGGGUCGCAUGGGUUCUCCGUCCGUCGGAAUUGACGACGACAGCGGCGCGGGACAUGGCCUCAGCGAUUUUCUUUUGCAGCUCGAGAACUACAAUCCUUCUAUUCCCGAUUCAGUCGUUGCUCAUUACCUAAAUAUGGCUGGUUUCGAGUCUCAAGACCCUAGGCUGGUUCGUCUGAUAGCGCUGGCGUCCCAGAAGUUUCUGUCAGACGUGGCCAAUGAUGCACUACAGCAUAGCAAGAUGCGCACCUCCAGCCAGGUCAGCUCCAGCUCGAAGAGCCAGAAGGGCCCGAAGGAGAAGAAAUACAUUAUGACGAUGGAGGACCUGGUGCCCGCGCUGCAGGAGUACGGGAUCGUGGCGCGCAAGCCCCAUUACUACGUCUAGGCUAGUAUAAUGGGGUUGGCCAGUGGAAGUAUUUAGUAGAUGGCGCCAGCAUAGCUUGCCCUGUCAAUCUAUUGUCAAUCCCUGGAAUUGUGUCAAAAAAUUUUUUUAAUGCCCUGGAUGCCAGCCCUUUAAGCCAAAUAUGCAAACCUUUGACAGUUGCCAACCCCAUUGUAGAGUCGACCAAGCUAACUCUGCAUGACAUUCGCGACGACAAAGUGUGUCAUCAUGAAUGUGAAAUUUCUAUGAAAAUGUGGUGUUUAUAAUGACACUCCCACACUACACUGUUUAAGUCAGUGCAAAUUUGGGACAUUUUCUAUGAAAAGGAACCUUAUUGUCGAUGGCGCUUACGCCUCACAGCGUCGCGUCGCGCGGCAUUGUAUUUAUAUCGGAGCAUCGUUUAUAAUGGCGUAAGCGCCAUCGACAAUAAGGGCCCUUUUUAUAGAAAAUACCACAUUUAGCUUAUACGGACUCUAGUGAUAGUUGUCUCGUUUAAUUUUCAUGUCAGUUCAGUUCAACAAAUGAGUAGAGCUAAUUUCAACUCUACUUAGACUUAACUCAAUUAAAAUCUAAAUAAAGUGCGUUGGGGUAAGUUUGAAUGGGUUUUUCAUGAGGGGUAGGAUGAAGUCGCCCGUAAUGCUUCGGCAUAUGGAUGAUUUUUGUCUUACCUCAUGAAAAACCCAUUCAAUCUUACCCCAACGCACUUUAUUUAGAUUUUAAUUGAGCUAAUUUAUACUCUACUUAGACUUAACUCAAUUAAAAUCUAAAUAAGGUGCGUUGGGGUAAGUUUGAAUGGGUUUUCCAUGCGGGGUAGGAUGAAGUCGCCCGUAAUGCUUCGGCAUACGGAUGAAUAAAGAAUAAAGAUCAUUUAUUUUCAGCUAAAGGUUACAGACAUUCCAGGGGUCUCCGCACUAGGCAGUUUUCAUUUCAUUUCAUUUAUUGAUUAUAAAGUCAUGUACAUACAUUUUAUAGUUUAGGUGUUACAUCAAUUCUGAAAGUCAGAUAAGGCAGGUGAUUUUUGUCUUGCCUCAUGAAAAACUCAUUCAAUCUUACCCCAACCACCCCCAACACCUUAAUAAUAUAUUAAGAGUAUUGUUUGUGAACUUUCAUAACAGUUUUUUUUUAACUGCGAUGAUUCAAAACGUAGGUGUAAUAAUUUAUGGAACUUAUUGACCAUCCCACUUGUAAUUGCUUGUACAUUCAAGUGUAAAAAUAUGGGUGCACACAUCAAACUCAAAAAUAUGUCCCAUAGCUCUUAUGUCAGCGAAUUAAGAACUAUGGGACAUAUUUUUGGGUAAUUUGUACACUUUACUGUACCCCUUCUUUGAACAAAAAACAUGAAAAUUAAACAAGAUGUUACAGAUGAGGAGUCUUUUCAAAAGAGCUCAUUUCUCUAUGAACACCAUACAAAAAUAAGCCCUUUUGAAAAGACACUCCUCAGAUAAUAUAGAUUUAUAAGUAAAUUGAGUAAUCAUUGUCUAAAACGUGAAACUGUUAAAAGCCCAUUAUCGAUUUUAGUCGCAAAAAUGUAAAAUUGAUAUAUUUACUCGUUGAAAUUGUACAGCUUUUGAUACGUAAUAGAAAUAACAAGUACUGGUUUCUAUUAGCACGUCUUCUCAUCUUGCCGUUUUACAGAUCAAUUUUUUGAAAACAGACUCACUAAAUUAGUAAUGAUUUUUUUUCUGAUGGACGUUUAGGUAAACGCGCGUAAAGCACUGAUUUUGUCGCUCUUAUUUGUAAAUUUCGUACUUUGGACGGCUAAAAAUGGUAAUUUUGUAUUACACAUAUCCUGUACACCUUUUACAGACUACAUUUUUAUUAUUAUGACUGAAGUAGUGUAAAUGAAAAAAAAAAAUACGGUGUUCGCUUUAGUUUGUAGGUCUCAAAUAGCAAUAAUAUUGUUAUAGUUAUUAUUUAUGUGAAUGUACUAAUUUAACACCAACUAAGAAAUAAAACAAGUGAUA